AUGCGCAUCGCUACCGUCCAGUCCGCCCGUAUCUGCGCUGCGACAAUGUCACGGUCCAAGGGCGGACACUACAGCAGCCUUCUUUUGCUCAACGGGUCGGUGCUGAAAAAGGUGAAUCCCAGCAUCCAUUGCACGACGACGAUGGGGUAUACAAUCUUGGGCGAAGAGUUCUACAAGGAGACAGUCAUCGAGCCACGGCCCGAAGACUACAUAUUUUGUUUGGAGAUCUGGGGCAUGUGUGAGACUCUCAUCCGCGAGAGAAAAGUAAAAACCCCCUCCGCAAAUCAUCAACAUGGUCGAAUACCUGUUCACGGACAUCUCCAGCUCUCUCGUGUCGCAGGCCGAGAAGAGGUUCGACGGCGAUUAUGGCUUCUUGUACUUCUCCACGCACGAUAUCGAGUCCCCGCCGCCUUGUGA